UGUGUUCCUUCCAAGAAGCUUCCUCGCGUAAAUCUGACGGUUAGAUAAUGCAGACCUACAAGCCAAUCGCUGUACUGGCACCCACAAGAUCUCCCACCCUUUCUUCUUCACUGCGAAAUAGCGAAGACGAAGCCCGAAAAACAGGAAAAAGAGGAGUAGCUGCAAGUCAAGGGUAUGGAAUUUUUUAUCUAUAGCCGUGCUCCUUGUUGCAAUUCAGCUCUGUAAUGGAACUACUGGAGAACAUAGAAAUCAUGAUAGCUUGCUUCUAAGAGAACAAUGAAGCGAUUUGUUUACAUAAACGAUGAUGAAGCAUCCCAAGAACUUUACUGUGACAACCGUAUAUCAAACAGAAAAUAUACUUUAUUGAAUUUUCUCCCAAAAAAUCUAUGGGAACAGUUCAGCCGGUUUAUGAACCAGUAUUUCUUGUUGAUUGCAUGCCUUCAGCUAUGGUCACUUAUUACGCCAGUAAAUCCAGCCAGCACAUGGGGUCCUCUCAUAUUUAUAUUUUCUGUCUCAGCAUCAAAAGAGGCUUGGGAUGAUUACAAUAGAUAUAUUUCAGACAAGAAAGCAAAUGAGAAAGAAGUCUGGGUUGUUAGACAAGGCAUCAAAAAACAUAUCCAAGCACAGAACAUUCGGGUUGGUAACAUCGUGUGGCUUCGUGAGAAUGAUGAAGUACCAUGUGAUCUUGUUUUGGUUGGUACCUCGGAUCCUCAAGGCCUUUGUUAUAUAGAGACUGCUGCCUUAGAUGGUGAAACUGAUCUUAAAACAAGAUUGACACCCUCUGCUUGCAUGGGAAUAGACUUAGAAUUACUGCACAAAAUCAAGGGUGUUAUUGAGUGUCCCAAUCCAGAUAAGGACAUUAGAAGAUUUGAUGCAAAUAUGCGAUUGUUUCCUCCCUUUAUUGACAAUGAUGUGUGCCCAUUAACCAUAAAAAACACACUUCUUCAGUCAUGCUACUUACGAAAUACAGAGUGGGCUUGUGGAGUAGCUGUCUACACAGGCAAUGAAACUAAGCUAGGUAUGAGUAGGGGUAUACCCGAACCAAAGCUCACGGCCAUGGAUGCGAUGAUUGACAAGUUGACAGGGGCCAUCUUUGUUUUCCAAAUAGUGGUUGUUGUGGUUCUUGGCAUAGCUGGGAAUGUCUGGAAGGAUACAGAAGCAAGAAAGCAAUGGUAUGUUUUAUAUCCACAGAAAGAUCCAUGGUAUGAACUAUUGGUCAUCCCUUUACGGUUUGAACUUUUGUGUUCCAUCAUGAUACCAAUAUCUAUAAAGGUGUCUCUAGAUCUGGUAAAGAGUUUAUAUGCAAAGUUUAUUGAUUGGGAUGUUGAGAUGAUAGAUCAAGAGACUGAUACUUCUUCUCAUGCUACAAACACAGCAAUAAGUGAGGACCUAGGACAAGUUGAGUACAUCUUGACUGAUAAAACUGGAACUCUAACCGAAAACAAAAUGAUUUUUAGAAGAUGCUGUAUCAGUGGCCUUUUUUACGGCAAUGAGAGUGGUGACGCACUGAAAGAUGUGCAACUGCUCAAUGCUAUUGCCAGCAACUCUCCUGAUGUUAUCCGGUUUCUUACAGUUAUGGCAAUAUGUAAUACUGUUGUACCUGUACAAAGCAAAACUGGAGCUAUCUCAUACAAGGCACAGUCUCAGGAUGAGGAUGCCCUUGUUCAUGCUGCCGCUGAGAUGCAUAUGGUUUUUGUCAAUAGGAAUGCAAAUAUACUUGAGAUUAGGUUCAAUUCUUCAAUAAUUCAAUAUGAAGUAUUGGAAACUCUGGAGUUUACUUCUGAUAGGAAAAGAAUGUCAGUGGUUGUGAAAGAUUCCCAGAAUGGGAAGAUUAUCCUCUUGUCAAAAGGUGCAGAUGAAGCAAUUCUUCCUUAUGCAAGUGCUGGUCAGCAAACAAGGACUUUUAUUGAAGCUGUGGAACAGUAUGCUCAGUUAGGCCUUCGUACACUAUGCUUGGCGUGGCGUGAACUGGAUGAAGAUGAAUAUCAAGACUGGUCCUUGGUGUUUAAAGAGGCUAGUAGUACCUUGGUUGAUAGGGAGUGGAGAAUUGCUGAGGCCUGCCAAAGAUUGGAACAUGAUCUUGAAGUUCUUGGAGUCACUGCCAUUGAAGAUCGUUUACAGAGAGAAAGGAAAGGAAAGGAAAAGCCGAAAGGUCAGCUUCUGUUAAUUGACGGCAAAACGGAAGAUGAAGUAUAUCAAAGUUUAGAAAGAGUUUUGCUUACAAUGAGGAUAACAACUUCAGAACCUAAGGAUGUGGCAUUUGUCGUUGAUGGCUGGGCUCUAGAAAUUGCGCUUAAGCACUACAGGAAAGCUUUUACUGAGUUAGCUAUACUGUCAAGGACAGCUAUAUGUUGUCGUGUGACACCAUCACAGAAAGCACAGCUUGUGGAGCUCCUAAAAUCAUGUGAUUAUAGAACACUGGCAAUUGGUGAUGGUGGGAAUGAUGUAAGAAUGAUACAACAAGCUGACAUAGGUGUUGGGAUUAGUGGAAGAGAAGGGCUGCAAGCAGCAAGGGCAGCUGAUUAUAGUAUUGGAAAAUUUAAGUUCCUUAAAAGAUUGAUUCUUGUCCAUGGGCGGUAUUCAUACAACCGGACAGCCUUUCUCUCCCAGUAUUCCUUCUACAAAUCGUUACUUAUAUGUUUCAUCCAAAUCUUUUUCUCUUUUGUUUCAGGUGUCUCAGGGACAAGUCUUUUCAAUUCUGUUAGCUUGAUGGCUUAUAAUGUUUUCUACACAAGUGUUCCUGUUCUAGUCAAUGUUCUUGACAAAGAUCUUAGUGAAGGAACAGUGAUGCAGCAUCCCCAAAUUUUAUUUUACUGUCAAGCAGGAAGACUUCUUAAUCCUAGCACAUUUGCGGGGUGGUUUGGCCGUUCUCUUUUCCAUGCUAUUGUUAUAUUUGUAAUCAGCAUAAAUGCAUAUGCUUACGAAAAGAGUGAAAUGGAGGAGCUUUCAAUGGUGGCUCUCUCGGGAUGUAUAUGGUUGCAGGCUUUUGUUGUGGCAUUAGAAACCAAUUCCUUUACAAUUUUGCAACAUCUUGCAAUAUGGGGCAACUUAGCUGCUUUCUAUAUCAUCAACUGGAUUUUCAGUGCCCUGCCAUCGUCAGGGAUGUAUACAAUUAUGUUCCGGUUGUGUGGGCAACCAUCUUAUUGGAUAACAAUGUUUCUCAUAGUUGGAGCUGGGAUGGGUCCUAUAUUAGCUUUGAAGUAUUUCCGGUAUACAUACAGACCAAGCAAGAUCAAUACACUUCAGCAGGCAGAACGUAUGGGUGGCCCUAUUUUAUCACUGGGGAAUAUUGAGCCCCAACAAAGAUCAAUAGAGAAAGAAGUUUCAUCACUAUGUAUUGCACAGCCAAAGGGCAGAAACCCAGUUUACGAACCUCUACUGUCAGAUUCUCCAAAUUCUACUAGACGUUCUCUUGGAUCUGGAGCACCAUUUGAUUUUUUUCAAUCACAAUCCAGGUUGUCUACAAGCUACUCGAGAAAUUGUAAAGACAAUUGAGUUAUAGGAGUUAUUGAGCAGCUUAAAGCAGCUUAUGGAUGCCAUUCUCAAGCUGUAUAUAUUUCUCAGUUGAGGUAGGUGUACACUUUUUUGAGUGCCUCCCUGGUUGCUCAGAGUUAUACAGUAACUUUUUUUCAUUUUUUCAAUUUCAAAGGAGAAACAAAAAAAAAAAAAAAAAAAAAAAAAAGCUGAUAAUAUACACGAUCAAUUUAUUAAUUUCCAUCACCUGUCGUGGCAUUGAGAAUAAAAAAGGAACUUUAAUUGUAUCUACAUAUUUUUUUUAACUUGUUGGAUCAGUUACAAUGAAUCUGUACAUUGGGGGUGUUGCCUCUGUUUAUUAAUGAUGGUGGACCAGAUUUAAGAGAUCUGCUUACUGGUCAGAUGCUAUUUAUCU